AUGUACCGGCUGACCCGCUCCAGGCCUCCAAAAUUCGACCCCAGCGAGGUGAAGGUGAUCCACCUACGCGCGACCGGUGGUGAGGUCGGCGCCUCCUCCGCUCUCGCGCCCAAGAUUGGUCCCCUCGGUCUUUCUCCCAAGAAGGUCGGCGAAGACAUUGCCAAGGCGACUGGCGACUGGAAAGGUCUCCGCGUGACCGUCAGGCUCACCAUCCAAAACCGUCAAGCCGCCGUCUCCGUCGUGCCGUCCGCCUCCUCGCUCGUCAUCAAGGCGCUGAAGGAGCCGCCGCGGGACAGGAAGAAGGAGAAGAACAUCAAGCACACCAAAUCGAUCCCCUUGGAUGAGAUCAUCGAGAUCGCGAGGACGAUGCGGUUCAAGAGCAUGGCGAAGGAUCUGAAGGGUACGGUCAAGGAGAUUCUGGGAACGGCGUUCAGCACUGGGUGCCAGGUUGAUGGCAGGAGUCCGAAGGAGAUCAGCGAUGAUAUCGAGAGUGGCGAGAUUGAGAUCCCUGAGGAGUAG